AUGCGUUUAACAAUAUCAGAAGAAGAAAAACAUUAAAGAGUAGAAGCUUUAAUUAGAGAGUUGGGUAUUACAAAAUGUGCAGAUACAAGAGUAGGAAAUACUUAAAUCAGAGGUGUAUCAGGAGGUGAAAGAAAAAGAGCAAGUAUUGGUGUAGAAUUACUUACAAAUCCAAGUUUGAUAUUUCUUGAUGAACCUACUACUGGUUUAGAUUCUUCAACUGCAUUAUAAGUUAUUGAUCUUUUAAAAAGAUUAGCAAAAAAUGGUAGAACUAUUGUUAGUACUAUUCAUUAACCAUCUUCUGAAAUAUUUAAUAAUUUUGAUAGACUUAUGCUUUUAGUUAGAGGAAACAUUAUCUAUUAAGGAGAUGCUGAAGAAGCUAUUAAUUAUUAUGGAAAUAUGGGAUUUUAAUGUCCCAAUUUUUCAAAUCCUUCAGAUUAUUUUAUGAAAUUAAUGAAUGAAGAGGGACUUUUAGUUGAAAAAAUAUAAGUAGGAGAAUCUGAAGAUUUCGAUGAAGCUAAAAUUAAAGAAGAGUUUGAAGAAAGACUUAAAUAAUUAUUAAUAAUUACUAUUCAUCUAAUAUGA